ACGCGCCACAAGCACGCCACACGGAAAAUCGUCUUCGACCUUUCGGGCAUCAUUCCAUUCUGUUUACCAUGUUUUAUUCAAAUAAUUUAAGAGCAAUUUAACUGUGUAAGCGCGUGGAAGAAAAACAAGCAGAAAUGUUUCGAUUGUCCUUCAUAGUUUGUGGCAGAGGAGUCGCUAAAAGGUUCGCCUCCUCAUUCUCUGAGGGCGCUCUGCCUCCAAAUUUACUACUACCCACCAACCUCGUGGAUCCUGCCAGAUUAAAGCGCCCACCUCCUCCUGCAGACUGCCCCCUCCCUCUGCUGAGGAAGUGUGAUGCUGUGGUUCCUGCUCACCUGAGCCCUGUGCAGACCUGGGUGGAGACUCUGGAGAGGCAGGACAGCGAGCCGUUGGGUUUGGCUGAGCUCCACCCUGAUGUAUUUGCAGUGCCUCCGAGGCUCGAUAUUCUACACAGUGUUGAAGUAUGGCAGAGAAAUUACAAAAGGAUUAGUCACGCCCACACAAAGGUCAGGUCAGAGGUCAGUGGCGGUGGCAGGAAACCUUGGAAACAAAAAGGAAGUGGACGAGCUCGGCAUGGAAGCAUUCGAUCACCCAUAUGGAGAGGAGGUGGGGUGUCUCAUGGACCCAGAGGGCCUACCAGUUACUACUACAUGUUACCCAUGAAAGUCCGAGUGCAAGGACUCAAAGUGGCGCUGAGCUCCAAGAUGGCUCAGGACUAUCUUCACAUUGUGGACUCCCUGAACAUCCCCACACCAGACUCACAAUACAUGCUCGACCUCGUCAGACACAGACACUGGGGAGAGUCGGUGUUAAUAGUGGACAUAGGUGAAGAAUUUCCUGAAAACAUCCUUCAGGCCACAGCAAACUUAAAGACAGUGAACAUCAUUCCAGCAAUCGGCCUGAACGUCCACAGCGUGCUGAAGCACGAAGCCAUCAUCCUGACUCUGGAGACGGGGUUUCUGGAGGACAAGCUGCUGUGGCAUGAUGAGCGUUACACACCUCUCUACCCAUUUAAACUGCCCUACUCGGACUUUCCUUAGAACAAAUGACCUGUAUAUAGUCAGACUUAAGCGAGUAUGUUUUUUCUUUGUGUUUAUUUUGUGUAAAAAAAAGUCAUUAAUAAAUAACACAAAUGAUUAUAAAAUGCAAAAAUUUUAAUAAAACUGUCAAAAA